CCCUGGGCGGGCAGGGAUGGCGCCUCCUCCGCCUUCGCCCGAGCUGCUGUUCCUGGCAGCCCUGGCGGGGCUCCUGGGUCCCAGUGAGGUGGUGGCUGGGCCCACGGAGGAGGCGGUAUCUCGUUGUCCCGAAGGCCUGUGGCCUCUCCCCCCACAGGUGUCACCAAGAGUGACCUACACAGGGGUGAGCUCAAGGCAGGCUGAGGAUGUCACCUUCCUCUACCACCCCUGUGCCCAUCCCUGGCUGAAGCUGCAGCUUGCCCUCUUGGCCCAUGUCUGCAUGGCUGAACCCUCACUCAGCCCUGACUCCAACCUCACUCAGGAUCGGCCCCUGGUGUUGACAGCAUGGGGAAUGGCGCUGGAGAUGGCAUGGGUAGAGCCAGCCUGGGUUGCCCACUGGCUGAAGAGACGACGACGGAAGAAGCAGCGGAAGAAAGCCUGGUUGCACACUGAUAGCCUUUCCAGCCCAUUUCCCUUGGUGCCAAGCUCAGGCAGAAGGAGGCUGUGCUGGAGAAGGUGUGUGCAGGCUCUGGCUUUGGCCUUUCCUCUGUGGAGUUGGCGACCCCCUGGUGCAAAGGUGACCUCUAAAUGGUCCAGGAACCCCUCUCCCAGUGGUGCCAAGAGGCGGGGGCUACGGGCUGCCCUUGGUGUCCAACCAGCUCCCUCAGCCCCGAGGUUUCCCACUGCUUCUCCAUGGAGCUUGAAGGCCAGGCAGGGAACCAUGGAUGAGGUGGGCAAUGCCCCAUCUGUGCCCACUGCCCCCCUGCCGUCUGGGGGGCUUGGAGGUAAUGCCAACUCCAAGACAGAGGCUCAGGAGCCCGAUGGGCAAGGUGGCCCAGGAGGCUGUGCCUGUCCGAGUCAGGCUUCUCCGGCCCCUCGGGCCGCAGCGCCUCCACGAGCCGCGCGGGGCCCCACGCCCCGCACGGAGGAGGCUGCCUGGGCGGCCCUGCACCGCAACUUCCGACGUGGGGAGAGCAUCUACUGGGGGCCCACGGCAGAGAGCCAGGACACAGUGGCCGCUGUGCUGAAACGGAGGCUGCUGAUGCCCCCGCGCCGGGUCAAGCGCUCCCGCCGGAGACCCCUCCUCCCACCCACUCCGGACAGUGGCCCCGACGGGGAUAGCUCAGAAUGACCUGCCCCGCCCUGCCCUGGCAGCAGCCAGUUCUGCCUGCCGCCCGGAGGCCGCGACCUCUGCCACGUGGAGCGCGCGCAGCGGCGCCCCCUGGUGGCUAGCGGGGCCGCCCUGCCUAAGCAGCGGGAUGGUUUCCGUAUCAGUCGGGAGCGGAUGGCGAUCGGAGAGGGGCCCCUUUUGCCAAACUCGCUAUAUGCCUGAUUAAAUUAUUUUGGUAGA